AUGGUAUCGUUUAAAGACUCCCCGGUCAAGGGGGCCAUGAGCUCUGUGGAACAAAAGCUCCAAUCUCUGCGAAUGCCCCAGUCUCCCAUGCGAGGAGGAACCUCUCCCCCUCGAAGCCCUCUUCGACACGAGGCUGGAAGUUGUGACCCCGACGAGACCACCGCCAUCAUUUCCAACAUUGAGUCUCUCAACAUUGGCCGACCUACUGACAAGGAGAACUGGGCUCCUCAACAGCAGGGCCACCACGGCAGCCAGGUGACGGCCAACACACACUCGCCGUCGUGGACUUCACGUGACUACGAAAAGUUCAAUGACCCUCAGACCAAGCGACUGGUCAACGUCACCCAGUUGUACUUCUUCGAUUACUACUUCGAUCUGCUGACUUACGUACACGGCCGUCAGCAGCGUCUUGGAAAAGCCAAGGCUGCUCUUGGAGGCGUCCCCCAAGCCGAGGCUGAGACUCAAUGGAAGUCGUAUGUCGGCCGAGAAAGAGCUCACCUGCGAAAGCGUCGAACCCGUCUCAAGCACGGCGACUUCCAGAUCCUUACCCAAGUCGGCCAGGGAGGUUACGGACAGGUGUUCCUGGCCAAGAAGGCCGACACCCGGGAAAUUUGCGCCCUCAAGGUGCUUAACAAGAAGCUGCUGCUUAAACUGGACGAAAUCAGACACAUUCUUACCGAACGAGACAUUCUAACGGCUGCCCGGUCCGAGUGGCUUGUCAAGCUGCUUUACGCCUUCCAGGACCAGGAGUCUGUCUACCUCGCCAUGGAGUUUGUCCCUGGAGGAGACUACCGAACUCUGCUUAAUAACACCGGCAUCCUCAACCCCAGACACGCGCGGUUCUACAUCUCCGAGAUGUUCGCAUCACUGGAGGCCCUCCACAAGCUCGGAUACAUCCACAGAGAUCUCAAGCCCGAGAACUUCCUCAUCGACUCGGCAGGUCACAUCAAGCUGACUGACUUUGGUCUUGCAUCCGGAGCAAUCUCCAAGGACCGAGUUGAAAGCAUGAAAAUUCGUCUUGAUGCCGUCAAGGAUGUCCAGGUCACCCAUAGAUCGCUCACCGAGCGACAGAAGAUGUACCGGUCUCUGCGAGCCUCGGACAUUAACUACGCCUCCUCCAUUGUUGGCUCUCCUGACUACAUGGCUCUGGAGGUUCUGGAGGGAAAGAACUACGACUACACAAUUGACUACUGGUCUCUGGGCUGCAUGUUGUUCGAGACUCUGGCCGGCUACCCUCCUUUCGCUGGAGCUUCUCCUGACGAGACAUACUCUAACUUGCGACAGUGGAAGAACGCUCUUCGGCGGCCCAAGUACGAUGAUGGUCGAUACGUCUUUUCGGACCGAACCUGGGAUCUCAUCCAACGACUCAUCACCUCCGCUCGAUACAGACUGCGGUCUUUCGACGAGAUUGCCAAGCACCCCUACUUUGCCGAGGUUGAAUGGGAGACUCUGCGAGAAAAGACUCCUCCCUUCAUCCCCCAGCUCGACUCGGAUGUUGACGCUGGCUACUUUGAUGAUUUCUCUAACGAGGCUGAUAUGGAGAAGUACCAGGAGGUGAUGGCCAAGCGAACACAGGUCGAGAACCUUGCUGACAAGGGCAACCCCAUCCCCCACCGAGCAUUUGUCGGCUUCACCUUCAGGCACUCUCGAAACCCCAAUAACAACAUUCUGGAGGAGACCAACAAGGGCAACACUCACAGCAGGCGAGAAGUUGGACGAAGCAACUUUGGAACCAUGUUCUAA